AUGCACGAAGCUUGGUUAGUGGCAAGAGACUUUAAUGAUAUUACAAGUGCGGAUGAAAAAGAGGGAGGAGCUGCAAUUUCUAUUUGCAAGUGCAAUAUUUUUAAAGAACGUGUCAACAGUUGUAACCUUCUUGAUCUUGGUACGAGUGGUUCAAAAUUUACUUGGAGAAGACCUGUAUAUAAUGGAGGUCAGAGAAUAUUUGAAAAAUUAGAUCGAGCAUUAGGUAAUGAAGAAUGUAGGAUUGAAUUUCCAAAUGGAGACGUUAGAAUGCUUACGCGGCUAGACUUCUCAGAUCAUCAUCCCUUACUCAUAACCUUAAUGGAAGCUCCUCACCUGGUUGCGCAGGCCCAAUUUCGGUUUAAGAGUGUGUGGUUCCUAAACUCUACGUACAAUAACAUGACGGAGAAAAUUUGGAAGAAUGAAGAAUCUAUGAAAAGAAACUUGGAGAGUGUAGAUAAAGGUAUUAAAAACUGGAAGUUCCUGAACUUCGCUCAAGUGAUAAGGGAAAAAAGAGUUUAUGAACAUGCUUUAUGGAGUCCAAAGAAGUAUGAAUAA